AUGAAGGCCCCUUCGACCGUCCUGGCGGUCCUCCUCGGACUUGCCCAGGUAUCCGCCGCCGCUGUGGCCGCCGUUCCUGGCAACACGGAUGUCGCCAAGGCUGCCACCGAUGCCGUGAACGAGCUUCCUCCCCCGGCCAACAAGGCUUUCGUGCCUGAGGCUGGGACGGACGAGAAGGACGAGGAGGCCGGCGCCGGUGCCGUCCGCAUGCGCGACUGCCGCUCCGACUUCUGCCGUGACCACAGGGGCCACCGCAGCUGCGGGCACUGCUCCAAGGAGGUCGUCAUCGAGGAGGAGGGCCGCAAGUUCCCUCAUCACCACGGCCACCACUGGCCUUCUCACCGGGACUGCCACAGCGACUACUGCCGCGACCACCACGAGCGCGACGGCUGCAGACACUGCGAGGUCCACCACCACCACCAUGGCCACCACGGCCACCACGGCAACCACACGACGACUCGGAAGGACUGCGAGUCGCCCGAGUGCAAGGGCCACUACUACCGCAAGGGCUGCGGCCACUGCCACAAGAGCCAGACGGGCCACCGCGAGUUCCGCGAGUACUACCACCGCAAGCACUUUCGCAACAAGUGCGAUCCCGAGGUCUGCAAGAAGGACAAGAAGCACGAGGCCUGCAAGUCGUGCAAGGUCGAGCCCAAGAAGAAGGCCGACCCGCCCAAGUGCAACGAGGUCGUCUGCUUCCUCGCCGACAAGGGCAAGAAGACGACGACGACCAUUCCUUCCAAGCCCACGCAGGUCCCUGUCCCGAACUGCCCGGCUUGCCCUCCUCAGGUGACCUACGUGCCUGUCGUGCCGGUGCCUGCUCCGGCUCCUGCUCCUGCUCCCGCCCCGGCCCCGGCCCCGGCCCCGGCCCCGGCCCCGGCCCCGGCCCCUGCUCCCGCUCCUAAGCCUGCUCCCGCUCCUAAGCCUGCUCCCGCUCCCGCCCCGGCUCCUGCUCCCGCCCCAGCUCCCGCCCCAGCUCCCGCCCCAGCUCCCGCCCCGGCCCCGGCUCCUGAGCCCGCUCCCGCUCCCGCUCCUGCUCCUGAGCCCGCUCCUAAGCCCGCUCCGGCUCCCAAGCCCGUUCCCGUUCCGGCCCCCGAGCCCUCGAAGCCCUCCGUUGUUGAUACCAGCGCUGGCUCCCGCGUGAAGGUCGCUUCGGGCCUCAUCGGCUUCGUUGCCGCUGCCCUCGUCGCCUACUUCUAA